GUUUCGUUUCGUUAUUGGUGAAACGCGCUGGCGUUGCCGAUCCACAUUUUCUAAUCACUCCGAUCUAAACACAUGUGCCGGGCGGUAGGGAAUGUUUACAAUUGCACUGAUAUGAACUAGGUUGCGUUUUCAAUGGUUUACUUCGAGAGUGUGUGCCGCACUGACAUUAACCACUCGCGUCUCUCGCAACGCCAUUGUGUCGAAGGGGUGAAGGUGGCUUGUGUGUUUACGGUGUUGUUAGAGGGAAGUGUUUUGGUCGACGAAGCCUAGCUAUGUCUCAACUAACAUAGCGAGCCGAACGGACCACUCCGAAGGCGUUCGAGACGGGCUGACACAUCGACGGAGAGUAUUUGUGUGAUUCCCCACUAUAAGCAAAAAUGUACGGGUUCGUCAAUCACGCUUUGGAGCUGCUGGUGCUGAGACAAUUUGGGCAAGAAAAGUGGGAGGCAAUCAAGCGGGAGGCUCUACUGGAGAUGGAAGGUCACUUCCUCGUCCGGCACGUCUACGACGACGGUAUAUCGUACGACCUAGUCGGAGCGGCGUCCAAGGUGCUGGAACUACCAGCAGCGGACAUUCUUGAGGCAUUUGGAGGUAUGUUCUUCCAGUACUGUGAAGAAUCGGGUUAUGACAAGAUUCUUAAAGUGUUGGGCUCCACUACCAAAGACUUUCUUCAGAAUUUAGAUGCCUUGCAUGAUCAUCUUGCAACCAUCUACCCAGGCAUGCGUGCUCCGUCCUUCCGGUGCACGGAACGGGAAGGAGAUGGUGCCACAGUUUUACAUUACUACUCCGAGAGAGAAGGUCUGGAGCAUAUAGUUAUAGGAAUUGUCAAGACGGUGGCAAAGAAGAUUCACGCCUCCGAGGUAGACGUCAACGUUUACAAGAGCAAAGACAACGGCAUUGACCACGUCCAGUUCACCAUCGUCGAGAAAAACAACCAGGGAAGGAACGCGAAGUUGGAUCUAGAACAUCAAAAGACUUUAUCAACAGAUUCGAAAAUAAGCCCUGCGACAUUUUGUCGGGCGUUCCCUUUUCAUAUAGUAUACGACAAGAACCUUGUCGUCAAGCAGGUUGGUUCUUCAAUCGCUCGGGUUAUCCCUCAGAUGGCAAGCAAAACCUGCAAACUACCAGAUCUCUUCGACAUGAUCCGACCACACAUGGAUCUGUCCUAUGCGAACAUUGUAUCUCACAUCAACACCGUGUACGUCCUGAGGACGAAGCAGGGUGUUCUGGAUUUGCCAAGCAUGGACAACCAGGUUGACGAGAACUCCCGGAUGCGUCUGAAGGGCGAGAUGAUCUACGUGAGGGAGACAGACUGCAUUCUGUUCCUGUGCUCCCCGAGUGUCAUGAAUCUCGACGACUUGAACCGACGUGGCCUGUAUCUGAGCGACAUACCCCUCCACGAUGCUACUCGCGACCUGGUGCUGUUGUCUGAACACUUCGAGGCUGAGUACAAGCUGACGCAGAAGCUGGAGGUCCUUACGGAGCAGCUGCAGCAGACGUACAGAGACUUGGAAGAUGAGAAAAAGAAGACUGACAGUCUGAUGUACUCCAUUUUACCUCCUUCCGUUGCUAAUGAAUUACGUCACCAACGCCCAGUGCCUGCCCGGAAGUACAAUGACGUCACUCUGAUGUUCAGUGGGAUUGUGGGAUUUGGUGACUUUUGCGCCAAGAAUUCAGAUGCAUUGGGCGGAAUGAAGAUAGUUCAGCUACUCAACAGCGUGUAUACCAAGUUUGAUGUUUUGUUGGAUCCUAAGGAAAACCCGAAUAUAUUUAAGGUGGAGACUGUAGGCGACAAAUACAUGGCCGUUAGUGGACUACCCGAGCCGUGUGUUGACCAUGCCAGGUGUAUAGCAAGGCUGGCACUGGACAUGAUGGAGAUAUCCAAGGACCUCAGGGAUCCCGAUGGCAAACCCCUCAUGUGGGUCCUGUGGAUGAGAACUGAUGGAACGGAUGAGGUUUGGGGAAAGAGGGAGAACGGAAAAUGCAUGUUCUCACGAAUAAUGUGUCUUAUGCAGCCUGAAAGCAAGGACCCCAGUUUCCACUUCGAGCAACGCGGACCGGUCACCAUGAAGGGGAAGAAGGAACCGAUGAUGACGUACUUCCUGUCCAGAGAGAAACCGGAAGUUGCUGUCAAACCCCCGACGAAAGUAUGCGAGGUGUAAAAGUUGUACCUCAACGGCGUGACGUGACAAUAUUCUGCAUUGCCGACACCGACGCUGGAAACAACGGUGGAAUGUUUUGGUGUGGUCUGGUCCGACCCCUGGGUCUGAGGUGCGGUUCCUUUUGUUGGGCCGUGGCAAGGCUUUAAGUGUAUUGUUCUGUUAAUUGUAUAAGGGUUCCACAAGUCGUUGUUUUGAUGGGUUUGUCCUCGCUAUGGGCUCGAGCUGACCUUUGCAUGCCUUGACCACUGCCUAACGUUCCACAAAGCGAUCUUAACACUGUGACUGUAAGAAAGCUAUGUUAAGGCACGUGUGCUAAGAUCACAUUAGCACUAAGAUCGCUUGUGGAACAGGGCCCUGUACAUUUGAUAUUUGAACGGGACAGGCUGUUCAGAGAAACUGGGUCACAGGAAGCCGGCAUCUGCCAAUUUAAAAAUUUUCAGAUCUGAGAAAAUCAUCGAUCGUUUAUUAUACAGCCUUCAUAUUAGUAGUGGCUUUGAUGGACUAUGUUGAAUCACGCAUGUGUCAAGCACAUACAGUGCCUAUAGUUUUGUCCAUCAGCAGUACCAAAUAUGGACAUUGUCCAUGAGUCUCACAACUGUCAUUGUUUAUUAAUCUGUUAACAGUGUCGUAGUAAUCAUUAUCAAGCCUAGCCGGUGUGUAUGUACAUUGUCAAGCCUACCCGAGGUAUACAUGCACUGUCGGUAUGUAUAACAGUGUCAGGCAAGGCAGUAAAUGUGCAAAGGAUAAUUCAUUCCCCUUGGAAAUGUUUCUGGGUUGGAUAAAUAUAGGUGCCCAACUCCUAUACAAGUGUGAGGAAUCUAUCACCUGAAUUUUAUUUUCCGGAUGGAAGCAAUAACCUAGGUAUAAUUUUCCAACGGAAGAAUUUGCCAGGGAUAUGAAUCUUCUGUUACUUACAUACACAGUGCCAAGCUUUGUCUGUGUACAUAUGCAGUAUGGAGGAUUUUCGGUGUAUUUAUGCAUUUUCAAGCAUUAUUGAUGUAUAUAUGCAAUGUCAAGCAUAGUCGGUGUAUAUAUCCAGUGUCAAGCAUAGUCGAUGUAUAUAUCCAGUACCAAGCAUAGGCGGUGUAUAUAUAUCCAGUGUCAAGCAUAUCUGGUGUGUAUAGCCAGUGUCAAGCUUAGCUGGUGUAUAUAUCCAGUGUCAAGCUAAGCUGGUAUAUAUAUCCAGUGUCAAGCUUAGCUGGUGUAUAUAUCCAGUGUCAAGCUUAGCUGGUGUAUAUAUCCAGUGUCAAGCUUAGCUGGUGCAUAUAUCCAGUAUCAAGCUUAGCUGGUGUAUAUAUCCAGUGUCAAGCAUACCUGGUGUAUAUAUCCAGUGUUAAGCAUACCUGGUGUAUAUAUCCAGUGUCAAGCAUAGCUGGUGUAUAUAUCCAGUGUUAAGCAUACCUGGUGUAUAUAUCCAGUGUCAAGCAUAGCUGGUGUUGUAUAUAUCCAGUGUCAAGCUUCGUAGGUGUAAAUAUGCUAUAUAUUCCGCUAUCAUGCGUAGAUGGAUAUAUAAGCAGCAUCAAACAGGCUGUGUUAACGUGCAGUGCAAAGCAUGGCGGAGCAACGAUUACAUACCGUCCCGUAUUGCUUAUAGGGAGUACAUGUUGUUUUAAACCGUAUGAUCAAUAUUGCAGCUAUUCGUGGCUUGGUUUGGGUAUAAGCAGGCAACAUCAGACAGAAUGUCGAAAAAGCAGAAUCGUAAACAGGAGGGAGUAUUAACACAAAAAUCCCUACUCAUGCACCAGCAGAUGAAGUAUAGGAUAUAAGUGCAACUGCCGCGACAAGGAAGAUGAUUGUCUGACACCGUAAUACCAUGUUACGUUAGAACCCGGCGCUGAGAAAUAUGUAUUGAUGUGUCGGUUUGUUUUGACCAUGCGCCAGGCUGGCAAACAUCAUAUACAAAUAAUUUGGCGGUCUCUGAUGAAACAUCUAGCUUUAUCUGCAGUCCAAAAGCAUUUAUAUAUAUAUAUACAAUUGUGAAUAAUAUAUUCAAACCAAAUAUGUGUACAUAUCGGUACAGAUCGAUACAUGAUUACUUGUUGCUCAGUCUUGUUUGAUUUUAGUUGUAAAGUGCAUUGUUGGUUACACUGACAAUCUUGCAAUAAUCAAACUACUUUAUUGAUGAGUAUGUUUGUGUAGCACAAUAUUCAUUACCAUUACUGACCAAUAACAGAACGUAUUUAAUAACACAGUGCACAUAACUCUUUCUAUCAUGGACAUUUGGUAUAUUGUUGUUUGUUUCUGAUACAUAAUUCUGCAACCAAAGGUGAUUGUUAGAUUCUUGUACACACACUUUCGUUAUUGUCUAAUCGGUCGCUC